AUGGUCACCGCCAUAUCAGCGCAUCCUUCGGCACUGCGCGCGCUUGCUGCAUCCCCCUUGACCAGGCGACCGCAGCUGCAACCGCUUCACAGUCUUCCUAUCUUAUCACGGCCAUCGCAUCAGUAUCACACCGCGACGUUCGGAUCGAAAACACCCAGCCCGGAAAAUGUCGAGUCGUCUCUGUCCAAGACGAUCUUUCGCUUCGAGACAGGAUACGCCCUCAGACCCAAGCGGCCGUCGAGGCCGUUCCCACCCCCGUUUGUGUCGAUUCCUUCAACGUCCUUUUCAGAUCCCUUGACGACGCAUUUCAAGAGCCAGGAUAGACGGCCCAAGGUGGGCGGCGAGCUGAUACGGGGGUUGACGAACGGCGACGACGCAAUUCUCGCCGCUGAUAAUUUCCUCGGCGUGAACGAUGGUGUUGGGGCUUGGGCGACAAAGCCCCAGGGCCAUGCAGCCCUCUGGUCUAGGUUGAUCCUCCAUUUUUGGGCUCUUGAAUGCGAGCGCCGAACCUCCUGCAAAUCGACCCCGGAUACCGUUGAAUUCCUACAGCACGCAUACGAAGAGACUCUGAAUUCGACGAACCAGUGGCUCGGCACUACAACUUCCGCGACGGCUCUUUUAUACAGUACCAGUAAUAAUAAUAAUAACGCGAAACCGCUACUUUAUGUGACCAACAUCGGAGACUGUCAGAUCAUCGUCAUCCGCCCCAGUGACGGCAAGAUACUCUUCAAGUCGCGCGAACAGUGGCACUGGUUCGACUGUCCGUACCAGCUCGGCACAAACAGCGUUGACCAGCCGCUUAGCAACGCGGUUCUGAAUACACUAGAGUUAGCUGAAGACGACAUUGUCUUGGCUGUGUCGGACGGGGUUAUUGAUAAUCUCUGGGACCACGAGGUUUUGGCAAACGUCCUUGAAAGCCUCGACAAAUGGGAGUCUGGCGACAUUGGCAACUGGGAAGCCGCAGGGUUGUCGUCGGCGGGCAGUAUGGUUUUUGUAGCUAGGCGUCUGCUGCAUGCUGCGCUGGCUGUUGCUCAAGACCCGUUUGCGGAAAGCCCGUAUAUGGAAAAGGCCAUCGAUGAAGGGCUUACCAUUGAAGGAGGUAAAAUGGACGAUAUCAGCGUGGUCAUAGGGCAGUCGAGUUUUCCCGACUCGGUUUCUACAAACUCUACCACCACAACACUACAACAAACGGCCAACGUUGGCCGAAAGCGCGAGAGCAAAUACGAUUUAUUGAAUAAUCACCAUAUGCCCGAGAACCUGCAAGACAUUGAAAAACUAAAGUGCUUUGAAGAAGAGGGAAAUUUUUAA